AUGUCGAGCGACGGAAUCGAGGCGACGAGCACGAGGUCCACGGAGGAACCGAUGAUGGAGACGAAGAGGAGGAGAACAGGGAAGGAGGGGUCCGGCGCCGGCGACGGCACCAUCGCUCUCGAGGCGCUGGACUGCACCGUCUGCUACCACCCGCUCAGGCCUCCCGUCUUCCAGUGUGCGGUUGGGCAUGUGAUCUGUUCGUCUUGCCACGACAAGCUCAAGAACAAGAACAAGUGCCACGCUUGUGCCACCACCGGAGGCUACAACCGUUGCAUAGCGAUCGACCACAUCCUGGAGUCUGUCCAUGCCCCUUGCUCCAACUCCAUAUACGGUUGCACCGUCAAGACGCGUUACCUUGAGCGACAGGAACACGAGAAGUCAAGCCCACUUGCACCGUGCUUGACCACCCAGCUCCUUCACCAUCUCACUGAUGAUCACAAUAUACCAGUUACAGAGUUUCCAUCCGGAUGGUGUCUCACCCUCGAGAUACAAGUACAACACAGUAUGCGGGUUCUCCACAUGAAAGAAGAAGAAGGCGGCCCCAUGUUCCUAGCUAAGUUCACACCAGUGCUGCCUUUUGGCAAUGUUGUCUCCAUCUUGUGCGUUGAUCCUCAUGCCGUGCCGGGGGAGCGCAAGUUCAGGUGUGAGGUUGAUUUCUACUGCAACACCCUGGGUUUGCGACAGCUUUCAAAUUUCCAGAUUGUAAGCACCAGUCUUUCAGAUGGCUUCCCAGCGGAGCUUGGCAGCAACCCAUUUCUUGUACCAACAGGUUCUUCUAACUCUCCCACUACCAGCAGCAGCCUCACCAUCCGCAUUGCAAAGAUAAUCCAUGACAGGCCAAUAGGUGACUGGCGUUGGAAAUCAAGAUCGUAGCCUGAUACUAGAGACUUGCUCACAAAGACGUGUUAGAAGUUUUGUCUUUAUCCUAGAGGCCGCAACUAAAUUAAACUUUGUGAUAUAUUCGUCUUGUACAUCUUCAGCAGAGAGGUUCUGUUUUACUAGGAAUAUGGUGCCUUCGUGCUUUCUUCUUU